AUGUUCUACCCUUGUGGUCUGUUCGGAGCUUUCGCUUGCCUAUUUGGCAUUUCGCUGGCCAAUUCACAAGAUAUCUGGUCACUUCAUCAAUUCAAGAGCCUUGUCGCCUUUGGAGAUAGCUACACCGAUGAAUCCCGAAUGAACUAUUUUAUGGCGCAUCACGGGUUGAGCCCGCCAAUUGGAUGGGUUGACCCAGGGAAUAAUGAUACUGCCUCCGGUGGCUACACGUGGGCCCGCUUUGUCGCUGAGCAUGCCGGAAUAAAUCUUUACGACUAUGCAGUGAGCGGGGCUGCAUGUUCAAACAACAUUACGAAUCGGUUUUUCUCCCCCAUCGAUGCUCCCUUCCCUUCAGUUCUGGAGUAUGAAGUUCCGGCGUACAUAGAAGAUAGCAAGCACGUCGCUGCUUCUGGCGAUAAAUUCCUACAUAUUCCACCCCACGAAACAGUUUACUCGAUAUGGAUCGGAACGAAUGACCUGGGUAACUACGCAUUCAUCACUGACUCGCAAGUGGCAAAUAAGACAAUUCUGGACUAUAUUGCAUGCGUUUAUUCAGCCUUGGAUAAAGUUUAUGAGAACGGCGGUCGCUUCUUUGUGCUCAUGAAUGUAGCACCGUUGCAAUUGGCCCCACUAUACGCAACCCCAGAACAUCACGGCGUGGGACCGAACCACUACUGGCCGGAUAAGCCCACCAACUUGACUGAGAUCAGUUAUCGGAUGUGGGAACAAGUUGUUAAUGUCAACAAUGCUUUCAAAUAUCAGACUCCCUUCGAAUUGCUAAUCCGAAACCGAUAUCCUGGGUCUAAAUUCGCCAUCAUGGACAUGUUUGGGUUGUUUACCGAUAUUUAUAAUAACCCAAAAUUAUACCUCAAUGGGAGCGCUCCGGCCAAUGUCACCGGGUUCAACAAACAUUGUGAUCUCAGUGGAGCCACGUGCACUAGGCUACCCAGCCCAGAUUCUUUCCUGUGGUUUGAUGAGCUUCAUCCAUCGCAGCGGACGAACCAAAUUAUUGCACGGAAUUUUAUUGAUGUCAUGAAGGGGAAAAGCAAGUGGGCAACCUUCUGGUAG